CUGGCGGCGGCGCUGGCGCGCGGGAGGCGCAGGGUCUGAGUCUCUUUCCACCUGCCGGCGCGAGCGCAGCGCCAUGGGCGGCCGCCAGCCGGGGGACCGCCGGGCUGAGCCCCGCUGAGCCCACCGGGCCGGCCAUGGGCGACCGCGAGCGCAACAAGAAGCGGCUGCUGGAGCUGCUGCAGGCGGCGGGCACCGGCAACUCUCACUGCGCCGACUGCGGGGCGGCGGAUCCUGACUGGGCCUCCUACAAGCUGGGCAUCUUCAUCUGUCUGAAUUGCUCCGGCGUCCACCGCAACUUCCCAGACAUCAGCAGAGUUAAAUCCGUGAGACUUGACUUCUGGGAUGACAGUACCGUGGAGUUUAUGACCCACAACGGGAACCUCCGUGUGAAGGCCAAGUAUGAAGCCAGAGUCCCUGCUUUCUACUAUAUCCCCCAGGCCAACGACUGUCUGGUCUUAAAGGAACAGUGGAUUCGAGCUAAGUAUGAAAGACAGGAAUUCAUGGCCGAUGGGAAAACCAUCUCACCCCCAGGUAACCGAGAAGGGUUCUUGUGGAAGCGGGGAAGAGACAAUGCACAGUUCCUGAGAAGGAAGUUUGUUCUCCUGGCAAGAGAAGGCCUCCUGAAAUACUAUACUAAAGAAGAGGGUAAAGGCCCCAAAGCUGUCAUCAGCAUCAGAGACUUGAAUGCCACUUUUGAAACAGAGAAGAUAGGGAACCCCCACGGGCUGCAGAUCACCUACAGGAGAGAGGGCCACAUCAGGAACCUGUUCGUGUACCACGAAAGUGGGAAGGAGAUAGUGGACUGGUUCAAUGCCCUCCGUGCAGCCCGUCUGCAGUACCUAAAAACGGCCUUUCCUGAGCUCCCAGAGUCUGAGCUCGUGCCCCUCAUCACCAGGAACUACCUCAAACAAGGCUUCAUGGAAAAGACGGGCCCAAAGCAGAGAGAACCUUUCAAGAAAAGGUGGUUCGCCCUGGAUCCCCAGGAGCGGAGGCUGCUCUAUUACAAGAACCCACUGGAUGCCUUUGAACAGGGCCAGGUUUUUCUUGGGAGCAACGAGCAGGGGUAUGAUGUAUAUGAAGACCUGCCCAAGGGCAUCCGAGGGAACCGCUGGAAAGCUGGCCUCACCAUCAUCACCCCUGAGCGGAGGUUCGUCUUCACCUGCCCCAGCGAGAAGGAGCAGCGGGAAUGGCUGGAGAGCUUUCAGGAUGUCCUCUCCCGCCCCCUGACGCCCCUCAACCUCCUCGUAGGACUGCAUUGCCGUGGUUAUUGGCUCAGCUCUCUCCUUGUUCCUCUGGCAGCUGCAUCAACAGAGGGCAGCCACGGCAGCAGGUGACCCAUCAGCUGAGGAGCUGGCCACUGGUCACCCGGAGCUUGUGGUGGGAAGGACAAGUUCUCACCUUGGCCUUGGUUGCCCAGCUGGAGGGCCCCAUAGGCAACAGCCAUCGCCGGCCAUGAACUCUGCCAAGACUGAAGCUUUGGCCUUUACCUGUUGGCUCCCCAGGCCUUCCCACUGCCCAGCCCUGGGGGUCUUGGGGCUCUGGCACAUGUCCUCAAGGCCCAGGACAUCUGAAAUGAAGGCACCGCAAUGGAAAGCCACCCACCGUGUCAUGCAAGUGGCAUUUUUGCUCAAAGAGAAAAAAAGUUUAAUCUGGAUCUAACCAUGAGGAACUAAUCAGACAAAUUCACAUUAGAGACAUUCUCUGAAACAGCUGGCCUGGACUCUUCAAAAGUGUCAGUAUCAUGAAAGAUAAAGUAGUGAGGAAAGGGUUCUAGAUUUAAAAAGACUAAGGAGGCAAGAAAAUGCAAUUCAUGAUUCUUGACUGGAUCCUGGAUUUUUAUGAUUUAUUUUUUUAAAGAUUUUUAUUUGUAAGUAAUCUCUACACCCAACGUGGGGUUCAACCUUACAACCCCGAGAUCAGGAGUCGCACACUCUCCUGACUGAGCCAGCCAGGCUCCCCUGGAUCCUGGAUUUUUACAAAGCAGCUAUAAAAGACAUAA